AUGUCGGGUACUUACCACAGUACUCCACUUGAACUCUCAUCUCACCAAAAUCUUAUUGACGAGGACGACUAUCCUUCUACAACUCAGAUUUCUUCAACUACUUCACAAGCGGCAUUUCCUCUGCAGAGCCUGCAGCCUGCUGUUGCACCACCGACUUUCAGACCACAGUAUUAUCAACCGAGUGAAGGCAAUCGUCGUAAUUCCCCCACUUUAUCCUCCCUCGACCCAUACUACAACGACGCUCCUGACGACGAAGAAGAGCACGAACAUUUAUAUUCCGACAAAUCGGGUCUUAUGCGUCAGGUAUCUAAUAUGAGUGAUGCUAACUUACCGCUUACCGCACACGCUGCUAGUACCUCGCCUGCCUCGACUGAAACACACGGACUCAUAACCGGCAAAUCUGGUGGUAGCGGCGGCAAUGGUGGCAAUGGGGAUGAUAAUGUCGGGAGAACAGUGUACAUAAACAAUCCAGAAAGAAACGCGCAACAAAAGUUUUUGCAUAAUAAAAUAUCAACUGCGAAAUACAAUUUUGCGACAUUCUUGCCAAAGUUCUUGUACGAACAAUUCUCAAAAUACGCAAAUUUGUUCUUCUUGUUCACAGGUAUUCAAAUUAAAAACGUGUCACCGACGAACAGAUAUACUACUCUAGGACCAUUAAUCGUGGUGCUUUCGGCAACUGCAUUCAAAGAAAUAGUGGAAGACUAUAAACGUCAUAAAUCAGACUCGGAAGUAAACUCUCGCGAAUGCAAAUCAUUACAAGGCUCACAAUUUGUUUCAAAAGAAUGGAAUAACGUAAAAGUGGGAGAUAUAGUACGCGUUGAAAACGGAGAAUUUUUCCCAGCAGAUUUGAUUUUAUUGAGUAGUUCUGAACCAGAGGGAUUGUGUUAUAUUGAGACAAGUAAUCUAGACGGAGAAACUAAUUUAAAGAUCAAGCAAGCACCGCCGGAAACAGCAAUAUCGACUUCUGCGUUAGAAAUCAGUCACCUAAACGGCUACCUAAAAUCCGAGCAACCUAAUAACAGUUUGUAUACAUACGAGGGAACGUUAUACUUAACAACACAAAGUGGACAGAAACAGAUUCCUUUGGAUCCUACUCAGAUACUACUCAGAGGUGCUCAAUUAAGAAAUACAAAUUGGGUAUAUGGACUGGUAGUAUUCACUGGUCAUGAGACCAAGUUGAUGAGAAACGCAAGUGCAACACCGAUCAAAAGAACUAAUGUAGAAAAAACAGUCAACGUCCAGAUUAUCUUUUUGUUUUGUAUAUUGCUAGCUAUGAGUCUGGCAUGCUCUAUUGGAAGUGUUAUUAGAGUUGUUAAUUUUAACGGCGAGAUGCCAUAUCUCUUUCUGCUGACAGGUCAAACUGUCAUUGGACAAUUUGGGUUUAACAUUCUGACUUUUUUGAUUCUAUUUAAUAAUUUAAUUCCUAUAAGUUUAAUUGUCACAAUGGAAGUCGUUAAAUUUCAACAAGCGUCUUUAAUAAACAACGAUUUAGACAUGUAUUAUGAGAAAACAGAUACACCAGCACUAUGUAGAACAAGUAGCUUGGUAGAAGAAUUAGGCCAGAUCGAGUACAUAUUCUCAGAUAAGACAGGAACUCUCACGUGUAAUGAAAUGGAAUUCCGGCAGUGUUCGAUCGCGGGCAUAGCCUAUGCUGAUGUUGUCGAAGAAAGCAAAAAAGCCCGUGUCGUUGAUGGAGCUGAAGUCGGAAUGUACGACUUUACCCGAUUGGGUGAAAACUUAAAAAAUCAUCCUACUGCGAACGUGAUUAACGAGUUUUUGACAUUGUUGGCUGUUUGUCAUACGGUUAUUCCCGAAAAAGACGAAAAGAACGAAAUCGUAUAUCAAGCGUCGUCUCCCGAUGAGGGUGCCCUAGUAAAAGGUGCUGCCAAUCUGAAUUACGUUUUCACGACACGUCGCCCGAAAUCAGUUAGCAUAACAGUGAAUGGCACUUCAUAUGAUUACGAAAUCCUUAACAUCUGCGAAUUCAACAGCACUCGCAAGCGCAUGUCAACAGUCGUCCGCUGCUCUGACGGAAAAAUUAAACUCUAUUGCAAAGGUGCCGAUACUGUCAUCCUCGAACGUUUAAGCGAAGACAAUCCUUUCGUUGAACAAACACUUCAACAUCUCGAGGACUAUGCCACCGAAGGUCUACGUACGCUUUGUAUCGCAAUGAGAGAAAUAUCCGAAGAAGAAUACAAAGUAUGGUCAGGGAUAUACGAUAAAGCAUCAACUACCUUGGUCAAUAGACAGGAAGAGCUCGAUAAAGCGGCAGAGAUGAUUGAGAAGAAUUUGUUUUUAUUGGGAGCUACGGCAAUUGAAGAUAAAUUACAAGAUGGUGUGCCGGAGACUAUUCAUACGCUGCAGCAAGCAGGGAUUAAGAUUUGGGUUUUAACAGGCGAUAGGCAGGAAACGGCUAUAAAUAUCGGUCUAAGUUGUAAGCUGAUUUCAGAGGAUAUGUCAUUGAUCAUAGUGAAUGAAGAGAAUAGACAUGAUACACAGCAGUUCUUGGACAAGAAAUUACAAGCAAUUAAAGGACGGGCUAACCCUCUAGCCCUUAUAAUUGAUGGCCGCACGUUGGAAUUUGCCUUGGAAAAGGAGCUCGAGAAAACCUUCCUUGAACUUGCAACUUUGUGCAAAGCAGUCGUCUGUUGUCGUGUAUCACCCCUGCAAAAAGCUUUGGUUGUCAAGUUGGUCAAACGACAUCUCAAAGCAAUCCUUCUUGCAAUAGGCGAUGGUGCGAAUGAUGUGUCUAUGAUUCAAGCUGCUCACGUUGGUGUUGGUAUCAGUGGUCUCGAGGGGCUACAAGCUGCAAGAUCUGCAGACGUGGCUAUUAGUCAGUUCAGAUACUUGAAGAAACUGUUGUUAGUGCAUGGAGCCUGGAGCUAUCAGAGACUGAGCAAAUUGAUUCUGUAUUCUUUCUACAAGAACAUAACAUUAUAUAUGACUCAGUUUUGGUUUGCAUUCCACAAUAGUUUCUCUGGACAAGUUAUAUAUGAAUCAUGGACGAUUAGUUACUAUAAUGUGCUCUUUACUGUAUUGCCGCCUAUAGUCAUGGGCGUAUUCGAUCAAUAUGUCAGCGCAAGAAUGUUGGACAGAUAUCCUCAGAUGUACCAGGUUGGCCAAAAGGGCGAAUUCUUCAACGUGAAAAGCUUUUGGGGAUGGACUAUAAACGCAUUUUAUCAUUCCCUGGUUUUGUAUUUCUGCUCAAUAUACAUAUUCAAUAACGAUCUGAUAUUACCUAACGGACUACUUGCUGGACAUUGGGUAUGGGGUACGACAUUAUACACGGCCGUUCUUGCAACCGUCUUGGGUAAAGCCGCCCUCGUUACCGACUUAUGGACGAAGUAUACGUACAUUGCAAUACCUGGGUCGUUCGUCUUCUGGUUAGUUUUCCUUCCAAUAUACGCAAUUAUCGCACCAAAACUCGGAGUCUCGGAGGAGUAUGAGGGGAUUGUACCCAUGCUUUUCGGCACCCCUGUAUUCUACUUGACUGUGUUAUUAUUACCCACAAUCUGUCUGCUUAGAGAUUACGUAUGGAAAUAUGCUAAACGCAUGUAUUCGACAAGAUCGUAUCAUACCGUACAAGAGAUACAAAAAUACAACAUACCAGAUUACAGACCGCGUAUGGAGCAGUUCCAAAAGGCUAUUCGGAAAGUGCGUGCGGUACAAAGACUGCGACGAAAUCGUGGAUUCGCUUUCUCACAGAACGAAUCAGGACAGGAGACAAGAAUUAUCCGCGCAUAUGAUACGACGCUUAAGAAACCAACCGGUCUCUAA